ACUACUCCUUCAAAUUACACAAUCCCCCUCCUCCCUCCACACUCCACCCACGGCCACAACCACUUCCGCCACCGUCUCACCUCCAUCGCCCACCAUCGCCUCCGCCUCUGUUUUUGUUUUCUUACCCAGUAAUUUGACAACACAAAUAAACAGUUAUAGUAGCUACUAGAGAUGAUGGAAUCUAUGGAGUCGUCGUGUGUUCCACCGGGGUUUCGGUUUCAUCCAACCGAUGAAGAACUCGUUGGAUAUUAUCUAAGGAAGAAGGUAGCUUCACAAAAGAUUGAUCUUGAUGUCAUUAAAGAUAUAGAUCUUUACAGGAUUGAGCCAUGGGAUCUUCAAGAGAAAUGUUGGAUUGGUUAUGAAGAGCAAAAUGAGUGGUACUUCUUUAGUCAUAAGGAUAAGAAAUAUCCGACGGGGACGAGGACGAAUCGAGCUACAUUGGCUGGAUUCUGGAAGGCAACCGGGCGAGACAAAGCUGUUUAUGACAAGAAUAAGCUCAUCGGAAUGAGGAAAACCCUCGUUUUCUAUCGAGGUCGAGCUCCAAAUGGUCAAAAGACGGAUUGGAUCAUGCAUGAGUAUAGAUUAGAAUCCGAUGAGAAUAACCCUCCCCAGGAAGAAGGAUGGGUGGUUUGUAGGGCAUUCAAGAAGCGAACCACCGGACAAUCAAAGACGUCGGUGGUCGAGCGAUGGGAUUCAAGCUAUUUCUAUGACGAACCGAGUGGAGUGUGCUCGGCAAUCGAUCCACUUGAGCUCAUCUCAAGGCAAGCAUUGUCGCCACACGGGUUGUUGGAGCAUAAUAACAUCAUGUGUAAGCAAGAGAUGGAACAAACUGAGAAUGUGAAGUUCAUACAAUAUAAUGAUUCAUUUGUACAACUUCCACAGCUUGAGAGUCCAUCUCUUCCAUUAGUCAAGAGAUCAAGCUCAAUUUCUUUGGUGUCCGAAUGCAAUGAAGAAGAAGAUCCACCAACAAAAAGAAGGUAUAAUAAUAAUAAUAAUAAUAAUAAUACCAACUCAAAGGUGACGGAUUGGAGGGCAUUGGACAAGUUUGUGGCUUCUCAAUUGAGUCAAGGAGAUGCAUUUGAGGGAGAAGGAAAUUCAAGGUUUGGAGCACAAAGUAAUACUAAUAAUAAUAUUAUUAUUAGUAAUAAUAAUAUAAAUUCAGCAGAUAUGCCAAUAUUAUUGAUGCAGAAUAGAGGAGAUCAAGAUGAAGAGAACCUGUAUAAAGGGUUCUUGAGUUCAAACUCAGAGUCUGAUUUUGGAAUUUGCCUAUUUGAGAAAUGAGGAGAAAUUGGAGAGAUGAUUAAUUUGGAUAAUAUUUUUAAUGUGUUAUUAUGAGGGUUAUUAUAUGGAUCUUGGGAUCAUAUCUCUAUAAUGUAUUUUUGUAAGAUAUGGUUGUGAAUGAGUGAAGAUAAAAACUCUCUC